CAGCGAGUGGAAAGCAUGAAGGGUAUGAGAUAAGGGGUGCUGGGUAUACUUUCUCAGGAGUAAGGGAAAGAGAAACCUUGAUGACUUUUAAUUCUGUGGCUGGGACAUCUGGAAGGCCGGACGCUGGGGUUCCACUGACAGCAGGACUGGGGAGGCAGUGGAGUCAGGGUUGGUUUGGACCCUUUAAAGUGGACCUACUUUUUAAUAUCCCUGGAGUUGUUGGGGGAGGCAGUGGGUGGUGGGGCUGAAGUUCUGCACCAGCCCCAGGAUAGGCACUCAUGUCUGGAGCACACAGGUGGCAUUUCCAGCUUCAGGCACCUGGGAGAACAGAGAGCAAGAAGGAACACAAGGUGUUUAAUGACAUGAGGUUUUCUGGAAAGAGACUCGAACUGCUGAGGGUUUGGAUUGAGACUGUUUUAAAAGUGCUUCUUUAACAAGCUCUCUUGAGUGCUCUCCCCACCAGGCACUGAGCGCCCCAAGGUGAGCAGACUGCCUGGGCUUCCGUGUCCAGAGCCAGAGCCACAGGCCCUGAAAUGCAGAUCCCAGGGCCCACCUGUGACCUUCUGAUACGGAGUGCUGGAGGCAUCUGCAUUUUCCAAGUUCCCUGGCCCUUUGAUACCUCUUUCCCGCCGCUCUGAAGCUAACUAGCUCCGUCCUCCUGCAUCCUGCUCUCCAGCUGCACCAGCUGCCCUAGCUCACGGGCCAGGAUGGGAUUCUGUCUGGCCCUACGUAUGGUGCUGCUGCUCCUGUCCGGGGUCCUGGCCCCUGCAGUACUCACAGCCGAGGGCCCGCAGGAGCCCGCGCCCACCCUGUGGAACGAGCCCGCCGAGCUGCCGUCGGGAGAAGACCCCGUGGAGAGCACCAGCCCCGCCCGGGAGCCCGAGGCCACCGGGCCCCCGGCCCCCACCGCCGCGCCGAGCCCCGAGGACAGCACGGCGCGGGAGCGUCUGGACCAGGGUGGCGGCUCGCUGGGGCCCGGCGCCAUCGCGGCCAUCGUCAUCGCCGCCCUGCUGGCCACCUGCGUGGUGCUGGCGCUCGUGGUCGUCGCGCUGAGAAAGUUUUCCGCCUCCUGAAGCGAAUAAAGGGGCCGCGCCCCCGCCGCGGCGCGACUCGGCUCUACCCUCGGUGGCGCCCCGGUGUCUCGAGUGUGUCCGCGCGUCCGCAUGGGGGCGAGCGGGGCUGGCGACGACUCGCACCACGUGCGCGCGGGGCCGCCAGCAGGAACCGCGAGUGCUCGCGUAGGGGUCCCCCGCCCCCCAGCACAGCCCCGGUCCCCACACCCCCUCCCCGUCCCAGCCCCUGUCCCGAGAAGUGCCCGGGGCCCGCCCCCUGCGCUCCCGCUCAGACUCGAGCGUGGCCGCGGGCGCAGGAGAGGGGCUGAGCCGUCGGGGCUCCCAGCCCAAGGCUGGAUUAUUUUGGGGCCCGAGCUGGCCAGCCGGGCCCCAUCUGCGGAGCUCCAGACCCGCCCCGCCAGCGUCCCCAGGACCCCCUCCGCCCCAGGGAGCCGCAGGAGCAACCCGGUUCCCAGACCGACCGCAGCCCCAGGCUGCCUCCCUCCUCCCAGCAGCUUGGCCCCGGACCUCAGUUCUUGGUCACGUCUUUUGUUUUCCCUGCUUCCUGGGAAACCUCGCUUUUAUCAUUUAGAAGGCGAUUUAAAAUAGAGGCUGAGCUGCUCGGAGCACAGCAGGGAAGAAGCCACAACUGCGUCCCUUUGGAGUGAAAUAGAAGACUGGAGGCCCGGAGGAGGGGCCGUCUGCGCACCCGGGAGGGUUUGAUAGCCAGGGCCCUGGGCGGCCUGUGCGUGGUGCCGGUGGUGGAAGGAAGCUGUUCGUCCUCUUCUUUCUCUGCUCUUUGUAGCAACUCUUUUGGCUUCACUGGCUUCCCUGAGCUCCAGACCACGCCUGCUCCAGCUAAGACCAGUGUCCUCCCCCUCCUGGAUACUCCAGAUGAGCACUCGCUCAAAACACAUGAAGGGUUAAAAGUUUCUGCUUCUAUUAUAAAGGACUGUUGUAAAACCGA